GAUAAUCAGAUAACUUAGAAAAUGAAUAUAAGAUCCCCUCCCAUCCCCAUUUUCUAAUCCUCAUCCUCACCAUCAUAACCACAAUUACAACUGCAUUAUAUUAUUAUUACCAGCACAUCCAAACCCCACACCUCAACAUGUACUUCUCAACCACCUUCACCCUCCUCCUAGUCACCACCACCCUAACCCUCGCCUCCCCCAACCCAGCUCCAGCUCCAGCUUCCCAAUCCGCAUCCCCAGCAUCCCCCCCAACAUGCGGAACCUGCAACCCCCUCUCAGGCGAAAACCACUGCGACGUGACAACCUCAUGCAUCAACACCGGCACGCGCUUCCACUGCGCCUGUCGUGCGGGAUACAAAGCCUCCCGCCAGAAUAACGACAUCACUAAACAGUUCCGCUUGAAUGUCCCCGGGUAUCAGUUUCUGGUCUUCACGCCUGAAAAUACCCAGUGUGAUACGCUGUGCGAUAAUCCGUACGGAGCGAGUGCGCAGUUGUGUUCUGAGGUGCCGAUUUAUGGACAGUGUGGGGUUUGAGUUAUUGAAUUCAUUUUGGAGAGAGGUGGAAGGAAGGUUUGGGUGGAAAGGGGGAUGGAGUGAUAGUUGGGGGGUUUGGGAAGGAAGGGAUUUGGUUGAUGUCUGUCAGUGGAGGGCUGUUAGGAAGAUUGUUACGCUCCUUCUACUAGAUAUAUAUUAUGCACGUUGUAC